CUCUUGACAUUUCUUUCUAUAAAAUGUUUGUGCUAACAUAGUCAAAAGGCAGCUUACCUUUUUCUACAUCUUUUAUUUACCAGAAGCCAUCCUACACGUUCACUCGCACGGCUUGCCUUGCUAAUAUCAGACUCCUUUAUCCUAUACCACAAUAUCGCCAAGAUGCCGGUCCUCACCGAGUUUACACUAUUCCCCAAGCUUUGCAUUGAAUUAAGAGCGAAGAUUUGGGAUUUUGCUUCGCAAGAACCUAACCAAGUUCUCUUUGACUCUUACCGAACAUCGCAAAAGAAAAAGUAUCCUAAAGAAAAGGCCAAUAUCCCAAUUUCAGACAGAGAUAAAAUCUUCUGUGUCAGACACCCUAAAUAUCCUACAAUUCGCAGACUUUGGGCUGUCAGCAGAGUCCCUGCUAUACUUAUGACUUGUCAUGAGUCUCGUUUCUGGGCCAUGAAGCACUAUAGCUUGUGCUUUGAGGAUCAGCUCUAUCAACAAGCUCUUUGGUUCAAUCCUAGAUUCGACACGGUCACGUUUACUGAUAUGAAUGCGUGCUUCACUUUUGUCUGGGGUGGCUGUUAUAGUGUUGGCCAUGGUCCUAUUCCACUCAUUCGAAAUAGUCUUGUUAUGCCACUUGUGGAGAGAUUAGUUAUUCAAGAGUCUAUUCACACAUCUUGGUAUCCGAGGGCGAAUGAAAUGGCGCGAAGCUUCCCUCAUCUAAAGUCGCUCGUCAUCAGAACCGAUAAUAUUCCUUUUGAGUCCCAGUUUUUCUUCGAAGGGCAUAAUUCAUCUGGUGGAAUAGAACUAUUGCCAUCUUUCAGAUUUCACGUGCAAAACUUUUGGAAUUCGGAUGAGUGGAAGGCUAUCAGAGCUUAUGAUCAAAUACCGGAGUUUCAGAUUAUGCCAGCGGAGAUGCGGAAUAUUGUAAGUGAAUCUAGUGAAACUUCAGUGACGCGUGGAUAAAUAAUUGUUAACGAAAUUCAGGGCUUACUUGAAGAAAAGCCAGCCCAAGUGCCACCCCGUCCCUCAGAUCGGAUCAAGGCUAUUGAGGGAGCACGAAACGUUAAGAACUAGAUUAUGAUGGGGGACACAAAGCUAUUACAUAGAUGGAUACAUUACUACGAUCUCGGUGCUCUUACGAGGCCGAUCGCUGACUCUGGAACGAUUUUCAAUAUUACUUAGGGCAUUUCACAUCUAUCAAAUGACCCUGCCUAUUUCUUUUACACUUAAUUUCAUAGCAUGUAUCCAAAACUAAUCUUUAAAUAUUGUGAUAAAAUCAUUUCAACCAAGAAA